UCUGCCGCCACGCUGCCGUCUACUACCGGCGCCUCUUCCCCUGGGCUUACGGGCGUUGGCCAGCUACGGCGGGGUGAUGAAGAAUUACCUCCAGCGGCGGGAGUUCUCCUUCACGCUGCGUGAUGACGUUUACGUGCGGUACCAGUCCUUCAACAGCCCCCAGGAGCUGGAGAAAGAGAUGCAGAAGAUGAACCCCUACAAGAUCGACGUGGGAGCCGUGUAUUCUCAUCGGCCCAUCCAGCACAACAGUGUGCACAUGGGUGCCUUCCAGGCUCAGGAGAAGGAGCUGGUGUUCGACAUAGACAUGACGGAUUACGACGACGUCCGGAGGUGCUGCAGCUCUGCUGAGAUCUGCUCCAAGUGCUGGACCCUUAUGACCAUUGCGAUCCGUGUCAUCGACCGUGCGCUCGUGGAGGAUUUUGGGGUGAAGCACCGCCUGUGGGUGUAUUCAGGCCGGCGAGGCGUCCACUGCUGGGUGUGUGACGACUCCGUCCGGAAGUGGUCGUCCGCCAUGCGUGCCGCGGUGGUGGAGUAUCUCACCCUCGUGAAGGGCGGGUCCGAAACCAUAAAGAAGGUGAACCUGACCGACCCCAUUCACCCAUUCAUCAGCAACUCGCUGAGUCUGGUGGAGCCGUACUUUGAAGAAUACGCCCUGGUAGGCCAGGAUAUCCUGGGCAGCAGCGAGAGCUGGGAGAAAGUGGUUGCCCUCGUCCCAGAGUCGGUUCGAGAGAGCCUGCUGCGGGAAUUCCCCAAAAAGCAUGAUUCCAUCCAGCGCUGGGAGCUCCUGAAAAAGAAGAUGGAGAAAUGCAAGCCCUCCCACGCAGAGUGGGAGAUCAUGCUGCAGUACUGCUUUCCCCGGCUGGAUAUCAACGUCAGCAGAGGAGUCAGCCACUUACUGAAGAGCCCGUUCAGCGUCCACCCCAAAACAGGUCGUGUUUCAGUCCCGAUUGAUCUGAGGAAGCUGGAUCAGUUCGACCCAUUCGCCGUUCCAACCAUAAGCUGCCUCUGUAGUGAACUAGACAUGGCUCACGAGGAGGAGGAUGGAGAGAAGGAAAACGAGGCGGAGCCGGAACCCAAACGCCGCACCAGGGACUAUAAGAAAACCAGCUUGGCUCCAUACGUGAGAGUCUUCGAACAGUUUGUGGAGGAAAUGGACAAGUCUCGCAAAGGGGAGCUUCUCAGGAAGAGCGGUAGGGGCCGAGGAGGGGACUGGGCAGGGCCUCUCCUCCUCCAGGCUGCUCGAAACCUUUCAGGGCUCUCCCUUCUGCCCGCAGAAAUGUGGUCCUGACUUCCAAGCAUGGGAGGGGGUGAUACUGCCCAAUGGUCAGUGCACAGCUGCCUGGGUUCUAUUCCAGCUGUGCCACUCACUAGCCGUGUCACUUCAGCUCCCCUUAGGUUGUGUCCUCCCUGCAGGUAAAAGGGGUGUUUAACUCUGGUUAAACCAGCUGAGGGAUGAACUGCGUUGCUCUCGUCAAUGAGAACGUAACCAAAAAGGUCAUGUGUCUUAAUGCCCAUCAACUUCUGCUUACCACAGUGAUACUCAGACUGGGUAGCUCUUUGGUGUGUCUCCUGCGGCUCUUUGCAGCACGUGGUAUUCAAACACCGUGAUUUAAUUAUUAGCCCAUCAGGAUGCUUUUGCUGUGUUACUAACUGAUUGCAGUUGAGCAGAUAAUAGCACCUGGUUAGUCAUUUUGCUGUGAAAAUAAUAUAUAAAUUAAAUAUUUCCCUGUCAUUCCGGUUAAAUAUCAAUAUAGAGCACCUGUCGUCAAUGAAACAGUGAAUUCACACGGCGGUGGCUUUGCUGGGUAAUGCUGAGCGCUGAUUUGGCUCCUGAAUUGCUGAGGUCUGAGUAUCACUGGCUUAGAGGAGAAGAAAGGCAGACGUAUAAUAAGUCACGGGUGCAGCUUUCUCUGUUGUUUAAGAUCCUGUGUUUCUUUCCUUUAGACUUACAAGGAGAUUUCUGAGGAUUCUAGAGUCUCCAGUGGGAAAAUCUACAUCUGCUGUGUCCAAGCAGCCGUUACAAGAGCUCCGAUCGGACUGCUCUAGUUACCUUAUUCUUCUUGGCAUUAAAGGCUUUGCCCGGCAGGCUUCCAAGAAAAGGAAACCCAACUGGUCUUGCCUACUGGAGAAAGAAGAUUUGGAUGUUCAUUGAGCCUGGGCUUGGAACGUGCACUGGGAGAAGACUACGCUGUGGAUUGUUGACAAGAAAUAAGAACUGCUUCCUUUUGCAUGAGCCGAAGGGGCAUGGGCUGAUGUCAGUUCCUCCCCUCGUCUGCAAACAGCAGGCGGAUUAACCCAACUGGUCCUGUUUGCCGGCACAAGGUCAAGGCGGAAUUUUACCUACCUGAGCAGGAGCUGUUGGUAAAGUGGGAAUUAGGAGAGAGGGGAUCCCAGCUGGCUGAUUCGAGAGGAAGGGAGGAAUUCUCAUCCGCUGAUGGAUUCCGAGGACACAGGGGUCUGGUAUUGGCACCUGGCUGCUGCCUGCAAAAAUGACCCACGGGUUUUCUUUCUGUCAGGGUAACUCUGCUGCCUGAGCUCUGGGACAAACCGUUAUUAAUGGAAGAAGCUGCCUGGCAGCCCCAGAUGCGUGAGCUGGACCAUUCGAUUGGUCAUUUCUAAGCAAUGGUUCCUUGGGCCCAGCUCUUCCAGAUUUCGACCUCGACUGACUUAUUCGAGACAUCAAAGGCUACCCCAGUUGUCCCUCCUCCUGCUUAACGUUCCCUUAUGGCUGCAGCCUGCGUAGUCCUCUCCCUGCUGCAGGGUUUAAUUCCCAAGCUCUUUAUCUCAGAGUGUCGAAUAACUCCAGGCAGCCUGGGUCUGAUGGCCCAGUAGGAGGCGCUCUGUGUAUCCUUCUUUUGUGCUGUUAUAUGCAAAAGAAAAACUAUUAAAGGGUUCAGUUAAAGA